GAAAGGACAUUCAUAACAAUUUAUCGAUCCAACUCCAUUCAUAACAACUGAUAAUUUCAAUUAGAAAAAAUUUGUUUGAAAAUCUGUAGGAUUUUUAACUGAAAAUCUUCAGAAAAUUCAAUACAAUCUUAUGUUACUGGAUUUAGUAUGAAAACCAUACCUACACGAAAAACUCCAUUAUCGCCUACGAGAAUAUACCAAUGUUCAGGCAUGAAAAAUACGUUUAAAAUACACAAAACAGAUUUAUUUAGGAAUUUUCCUUCCUCCUAACGCUCACAAGCAUUUGGAAUUCUCGCAUCGAAUGAACAACAUAUGACGUACGUGUUCUAUGUUUCAAAUGGGAACACUUUUCAUGAGUUCUAUUUAUAAUCUGUGCGGAGCGAAGCGGCACGAAUCGAAUGACGUGCCGAACACGAUUAAAAUCGUAAAUCUUUCGUUAGUCAACAUUUAUUGGGACACGUCAUUCAAACUCUGUUUUUCUUUCAAUGUGAAAAACAUGGCGACUUCUUUUGAGAUGGAAAGAAUUCUCGGUAUUUUUUCUGUUCUCUUUUUCUCCACAGCUGACCGGCUCCCUAUUUCCGCUGUGAUAAAUUCAAUAGUUCAUUGAAAUUAAUUUCGUUUUGGUCAUGCUAAAUGGAAAUUUAAAUGUAAAAGCCAAUUUUCAUCUGGGAAAACCAAUUGAUCCAAUUUUCAUUCUGGAAUUUUUGAGUGAUUUGAUUUUAUGAUUUUUCAAACAAAUUUUUAUUGGCUUCAGUCAACUAGCGAGCCUGGUCAUGCCGGAAAAUUUCCAUUCGGAAAUAGAUGAUCUCGGGAGACUCUUGAAAAAUUAACUCAAUUCUAGAAGAGAAUUUGGCUCAAGAAAACCAAAUUCCAGAAUGCUUUAAUCAACCAUUUAUUCGUUGAGUAUGGUUUAAUAUGAAUUCAAGUAGCCUAAAUAUGACCUCUCCCAUGAUCGCUGAUCGCUUUUCAGCUUCGAAACGAAACUAUCCGUAGAUUUGAAAAAAAAAUUUAGUUCGACGUAUUUGGAAAAAAUCCAAAACGAUCCAAUUGAUCUCUUUUCGUACAAAUGUGUUUACAAUCAUUUCAAUUAAUUUACAAUCGAAAUCUCAAACUUGAAUGUUGUUCAUUAAAAAAAAAAAAUACGCCUACUCUCACGAAAAAACGUUGCGAAUAAACAUGUUCAUGUGUUCAACUGAGCGUAAAUGAUCUAAAAAUAAGAUGUGCGCCCUAAUCAUGGUGCGAAAAUUGAUCGAAUUCAAUUCAGAGGGGCAUAAUCUCUGAUACGUGGCUUCGAAUGUGAAUCUUCUUUGAAUCAAAGGCUUUGAUAUAAAAUACAUCAUCACACCCAGAGUGGUGUGUGCGAAAAAAAAACCAAAAUCAAAAAUCUGUUAAAAUAAUCGUUCAAUUGCAAUCAACCUGAUAUUAUAUCACCCGAAAUGCAUGUUUGGUUCAGUAAAUCUUGCUUUGCGCAACUGCCGACCGUUUCAAUCUCAUUCUCCUUGAUAAGUUAUUUUUGAGUCAUGUAUACGGCACGUUCCGAAUACGAAUACAACGGUUUGGUCGGUAUUGUGGCGCUGAUAGUUCGAGCGACGGCGGAGAAGACUGCCGACUUAGAGACAUCAUCGGAAUUGAAAGCGACGCGUAGAAGAAAAAAAACGCAAAAAUCAGCCAAAAAUAACCGAUUACAACCGAUGCCGUCGUACAAUAUGCGGGCAAACCGCGAUGAGUUGUUCCUACAUCAAAUUCCACACAUGCAUUUGAAUCGACAGUCGUGAUGGCUUUCCAUCGAAACAAAGUAGCUAAAAACAUACACUCGUCCAUCUAAAAACGCACAUACCAUUUGUUCGGCCGCAGAAACGAAAUAAAGAAACAACCAAGCGAUGUGGACAAACAGCAUAUAGACAUAGAAGAAGCAUACACAUGUGCAUUCACUUCGCAUUCGCAUUGAUUCUACCGUAAAAAGCGCAGAUUAUGCAUUGAUCGUUACACCAAAUAGUGUUCCACAUUUUAAAGUUCACAGUCGUUUGAGCAAGACGAGAUAGUAAAGAGAGUGAAAGCGAACGUAAAAGCCGAAAAUAAAAUUGGUGUGUCCACAUCGACACUUGGUAUUGACGAAAACGUCGACGACAUCAGUUCGGUCCUACAUAAAAGUGGAGAAACGACGAAUCAUUCCUUGGAUUUGUGAACAACAAAACAGUACAUAUUUUUCACGAAAUAUUUUCGUUUCUUUGGAUUUUCACUUCAUCAACGGCAACUGUGUGAAUCUACGCCAAAAAAAAAUUGAAUUUACAAAAACAACAUUUUGCGUGAAAAUUAAAGAAAUUUUGCUGAAACGUGUCUGUGUGUAUACGAGCGCAAGCAGUGAAAACGAAUCAUAGCUAAAUUUAAACGGUUUAAAACGAAUGAUUUUUUUAUUCUACUAUCCCGUGCUACCAGACACGCCCAACAGAUGGUGGUAACAACGAAACUAUACAACACGCAAACAUAUUGAAUGCACACACAUAUUCUCGAAAUCGUGUAUAUUAUCCACACACGAUCACGCUUCGUAUGUAUUUGACGUAUGUAGUUAAACAUCAAUUUUUUUUUUCGUUGUUUGAAACGUCAAUUGGGCAACUAGUAAUAUAAAAAUAUCCGAAGUAAAAGAAGAAGAAAAAGUUAUUCAGCUGAAAUUAAAUCAAUAUAACCAUUGGGAAUGGUUUUUAUUUUAAAAUAAUGGCCACUAUUAAAAGUAAAUUAGUAUGAUAAUCGAAAGAACAACGGUCAACAACACGAAACGAGAGAAUUUUUAAACAUUUGCUGCUGCUGCUGCUGCUGCUGCUGCUAGAUCGGAACUAAAUGUGUAUCUAGGGAAAGAAAAAAUUCUAUGAAAAUAUGGAUGAAUCAACGGACGGGAUUGAACAACCGAUAACAAGUAAUAUUGCAUCGAUGAGUGGAUCGGGUCGAAAACGAGGACAUCAACAUCACAUUCGAAACAGUGGUACACGACCAUCAACUGUACGUGCCGAUGAAGUGAUUGCUGCAUUACGUCGAGGUGAUCAACUACCCAUCACUCAAACCUUUCAACCAUUUUCCGAGCAACUACCACACAAUUUUAGUGAUAUCGAUAUACAUUUGACUGAUGACAAUGCAACAACGGCAACCAAUAAGCUACUUAUUUGUGAUUCAGCCGAUGACAAUGUAACGACUGAUCAAAAUGGCAAUCGUAAAACAAAUAGCAGCAGCGCAGAUACCAGAACAAAUAAUACGCUUAUCGAUGAUUUAAACAAAAACAAUAGAUUAGCCACAGUAUCGAAGAGUAUAUUGAUUGAUUCCACAAACGAGCAACUGAACAAAAGAAAUGUGAUAAGCCGUGAUAGCGGAACUGAAACGUUAACUGCGGCCGCAGAUUCAGUUGGUGCCUUGCAUAGUGAUAUUGACAUGGAAUCGACGAAAGACGAACUAAAUGAUUCCAUAAGCAGUAACAGUAGCUCGGGCAGCCGAUCAAAAACGAAGCGAUCGAAGAAAAGUAAGACGGAUGCAGAGUUGGGUAGUGGUGGUGGUGGUGCUAAAAAGGAAAAACGUAGUAAAAAAACCAAAAACUUGCCACCGGCCGAAGAACGACCGCCAUUAGAAGGUGCUGAUGCCGAUCAAUGGACCGAAAACGAUAGCACUGUCGACAUGGAGAAUGAUCCCGAAGCCGCUGAAUGGUCGAAGUUGCGGUGCACCAGUGAAAGAGCCGAAGUUGUUGCCGAACGUGAAUAUCGGCGACAAAAUCGAAGGUGCGCCGAUUAUCCAGGCCUUGCAUUCGGACGCAGCAUUUUCAGCUCGGAUACCAUGAUGAAGUUGAACAUCAUCCGAAAUGAAUUGCAUAAUAUUAUGAAAACACAAUUGAAACGGGUAUGUGUAACGAAGCAAGAUUCAACGAAUCUGGACACCAAAUGGAUGGUGGUUUUCUUGGGUUUGGUAUUGUAUUUGAACGAUGGUUUGUUCAAGCCAAAACACUUUUUUUUCGACAAAAUUAAUUUCUUUUCUUUUCAAACAGAUUCAGAAAUUCGAUUUAGUGCAACAAAGUGUACAUUCUACAGUUUUAACUGUAGAAUAUGGUGUUUACUUUGUCACGACACGCAAUCGGCUGGUGGAUUUUUUGUAUGAAAAUCGUCUUAUCAAUACCUUUCGUGGAACGUACGUUGUGUAACAUUAUUUUCAUUCUAUUCGCUGCUGACACUGAUUCCGUGUCGUUCGCUUUAAAACACGUACAUUCUUCAAUUUACUUCAAUUUGUUCAAGCGUGUGGUGUUUUUUCUCGUUUAUUCGUUAGUUAAAAGAGAAAUUAUUAUACAUGACAUCACUUAUUCAUUUAAAAAUGUCAGUGCUCACAUACUGAAGCUAGACAUAGCAUUUCAGUUCUAUCAGUGAUUUCAUUGUGUGAACGACGAAUAAGAAAUACAUAUAGACCUGAUAGUAAACAUUGUCGAUCUCAUUAGUACUUGACAUGUACACAACCGAUAAGACACACCAUGCCAAGCCAGAGCCAAAGUGAUUCGUAUCGCAAAUAUUUAUAUGAAUCAUUUUAAUGUGUAGCAAAAUUUACAUUUUCAAUUUAUUCGACAUGAUUUUCAUUUUAGGUGAAGAAUCUCACGUACACUUUCAAAUACAAAUAAACAACGAAAUCAGUACUUCGAACAGAUUUCAGCAUUUCAAAGAGAUUUUUGUACUUCGAACAGAUUUCAGUAUUUGAAACAGAUAUUUUCAGUACGAAAAAAGAUGUUAAAAAAACAAAUCAAUACAAAAAAAAUGCUUUUUCAAAGCUAAAAAAAAGAAACCGAUUGGUUGCCAUUGUGUUUGCAUUGUGCUAAUUUUUCGCCGAUCAAUGAUCGCACCGCCGCCGCUUGCAUUACUGAAAUUGUUUAUUUGUUCAUCGAGAAAAAAAAAUCAUUCGUUGUAUAUGGACUAAUUUUCCUUUUGUCUCGACAGAAAAAUCCUAAAAUGAAACACAAACGAUCAUUUUAUAAUAACGAUUGUUGUCCUUUUACGGAUCGUCGUCGUUGUUGCAAAUACACGGCAGCUGAAGCUAUAGCGCCAAUUAAAACAUGUAUUUUUUUCUGCCGUUCAAAUGAGAUCACACCAUUUAUAUAAACUUCAGCCUUUAAAACAAAUCAAUGGCACCGCAUAAAAUCCUGUGGAAAAA